AUGAGCUUCAAUCAGUUUUGCGUCUCCUAGUUGAAUUACCUGCUGCAACUGUGCAAAGUGUCUAGUUUCGCGAAGAAGCUUCUACUCCUGCCUGAGAAUGAAAUCGACCAUCGUUGCCUUCGUCGCGAUUUUCGCCCUGGCUUUGGCCGUUCCGGUGCCCGAUAAGGAUGCGCAGACUCUGCGGUUCGACAACGAUCACAAGGGAAUCGAUGGAUACAAUUUCGAGGUGGAAACGAGCAACGGAAUCCGUCAGCAGGAACAGGCUGAGCUGAGGAGCUUCGGAGAUGACAACGCGGCCAUUGUGGUGCGAGGAUCGUACUCGUUCACUGCUGAUGAUGGCCAGGUCUACACCGUGAACUACAUUGCCGAUGAGAAUGGAUUCCAACCGGAAGCGCCACAUCUGCCAAAGGCUUAAGAAUCGUUUUUUGUGUGAUUUAGAAAGAUGGGAAAGGAACUGUUGAGUGUUAAAGAUAGAUUGUUGGAUGAAAAAUAAAUAAAUUUGUGCUUUUCAAAACUGUG